ACAGCACGCGCAACGACAAAGGUUUCCGCGCAAAAUAUCCGGCUAGGAAGAUUGCAAAUUUUCCUUUUCUUCUAGUAAUCCUUGAUUCAAGAACGUGUGUCUGUUGCUGCUGGAAGGCAUGGCGUCGCAACAAAACUAUACCGAUUUACUACCAAACGAUGUGCUGUGCAUGGUGUUUGAUCGGUUGGAUUUCGAGAAUGUAAAGAACGCUUCGCUCACCUGCAAGAAAUGGAAUGACAUUAUUUUCCAUAGUGCAUACAUAAACCGAUUUUACAUCGAAUUCAGUAUAUUCGGUACUGGUGGUUCAGCGAAGCAAUUGUUAUGGAAGGCAAAACAACUAGCGCACACAGAUAGGCGGUACCACAAUAUUAAUAUAUUAUUGUUUCAAAUGGAAAACGCUUUUCCAAAGAUUUGGGAGGCUAUUGAGCUAAGCCAAGUGAGCAAUUUGCGAAAUCUGAGCAUUUAUUUCAUGCAAGGUCAGUUGACGGAACUGUUGCCUUUGAUAAUUAAUACAAUACCAUCAAUGCCGCAGCUACGAUCGCUAGUCGUUCAGGAUGAUCUGAACGUACGUUAUUCGUCCUAUAAGCGCAUUGAGCAGGAGAAUAUACCUUCAAUUCGAAGCAAAUCGCUACAGGAGCUUACGAUGCACUGCAAAUAUAGGUACACGAUUGACAUGCCGGAGCUGCAAACAUUUGCUGGUGCACUGUGUGCACUUCUUCCACCGGACGGCGCCAAUACAGAGCCUCUGAUACUUACUAAAAUGAAGAAUCUCGAGGUAAAAGUAUGGAGCUGGCAACCAACUGACCGAUCAAUCUUCCGUCGUAUGCCGAAUCUGGUGAAAAUUAAUUGGGAUAUUCCAGUAGAGGCUGAUCUGUUCGUUGCAAUGUGUGAAACAUGCCCAUCACUAAUCGAGGCUCGCUUUUUCAAGGAACUGACCCCGUCCAGUCGCUCCGCAUUGAACCAUCUAUCUAAGCUCACCCAGCUUCGUCGACUAUCUUUUUCUGACAUCUUGGUAGAGGAUGUGUUUAUGGACUUGUCAAAACUAAGCCACCUGGAGGAGCUCGGACUGGGGAAUACUCAUUUGCUGCCUAUCAGUUUGCUGAGCCUUGGCAAGUCGAUUAGGAAGCUCGGAAUACAUAUCAAUCCCUGCAAUGAAUUAAGCCUCAUCGAAAUCAUCGUGCGGAACUUAACACAAUUGACGGAGCUGCAUUUGGCUUGUUAUUCCGCUCCAAUAUCAAGUAGUGUUCUGAGAGCCUUACCCACCCUUGAACAUCUGGAGGUGCUCGGAUUCUCGCACUGUCAUUUCAAGAAAUCGAAUUUCCUAAAAAUGAACGCACCUAUGCAGCGACUACGAACGUUGCAAUUCCGUCGUUGUGAAGUCGAGACGAAACAGCUUCUAGGGCUCCAGGAUAAGUUUCCUAAUUUGAAAAAUACUGAGUUUGAAGAAUGCGGCAUCGGCGAUGAACCGGAGGAAAACCAAUAUCGUGGUCCUCAUCACUGGAUGGCAGAGGUUGCAAAACAAUUGAAUGUUCCGCUGGUUCAGAAUACAUAUCCUAAUUUAUAUUGUUAGUAUGCGCGUUGUGCAGAGUAACGUUUUGUUUCACGAUCGUUCCUUUUUCUCAAUUCAUUCAAUCUUUUGCUUAAAACUAACUCUUCAGAAUGGAAAAUGAAAGCGCGCUACAUCGACAGAUACGCUACAAAAAGGCUUGAUAUGUCGAGGGAUUUUUUUCGGGUUUUUCAUCUAGAAUAAGCGAUGGUGACAUUUGUUUACGACGAAUUUUAAACGGAAUUUCAUUUAACCGUAAAAUAUAGAACUAGAACUGCUCUGAUGUGAAAAUAA